UUACUUACAUCACCAAUCAAGGCCAUCAACUUCAAGGAUUCAGUUUCCAGAGGUUCAAGAACCCAGAAUCUGGUGAAUCGAGAUUUAUAAAUAUGGGGGAGACAGAGAAAUCAGAAAAAAAUGACGGUAAAGCCGAAGAGAAGAAGGACAAGCAUGAAAAGAAAGAGAAACAUGAGGGUGAGGCGACGAAGGAGAAGGGAGAAGAUGACAAAGCUAAAGAUAAGAAAAAGAAGAAGGGUAAAGAAGAUGGUGGAAAGGAGAAGAAGACAAAGAACCCUGAAGAUAAAAAGGAUCCUCAGAAACUGAGGGCCAAGCUCGAAAAGCUCGACGCCAAGAUGAAGGCACUCGCUGUGAAGAAAGAAGAAAUUUUUAAACUGCUUAAGGAAGCCGAAAAUACUCCCACAAAUCCAUCAGGAUGAUUUGCCUGGAACUAAACAUGCAAAAAGCUUCAAAGACUUCUUGCAUACAUAUAUAUGCAGAUGUAGUGUUAUAUUUUAUGCAAAUCUAUAUAUAAUAAUAAUAAAUGUAUGAUAAUUCGAUAACUUAUGUGAGGAAUGAAGACUGGUCCGGGAGCAUUGCAAGUCUGAUGAAAAAAUUUUGCAAUGAUCCUCGACCAAUCUUCAUUCCAAACAUUACAAUUAUCAUGUAUGCAUCAGCUUUGCUUUCACAGAAGUAUUGAUAAAAACGAUUUUGUAAAGGAAAAUGGUGAAGCAAUGGAAAUUUUAUACUGGAUUUCUCUUA